AUGAGACCCCGGAAAACAUCUGCAGGCUACGACCUCACGCAUCUCGUUAUCGAAUCCGAAGGUACACUUGCGCUCGUCACGGAAGCGGUGCUGCGUCUUGCGCCGAUACCGCGGAAUUUGCAUGUUGGGCUAGCUACGUUCAAGACGUUUCAAGAGGGUGUCGAUGUUGUUGUUUCGCUGCAGAAACUGGGUCAUCGGCUUGAGGCGUUGGAGUUGGCGGAUGGGCCGCAGAUGCGGUGUGUUAAUGUGUCUGGUCUUGCGCCUGCACGUAUGUUUGAGGAAGUGCCGACGCUGUUUUUUAAGAUUGCGGGGCCGUCGAUGUAUAGUGUGCAAGACCAGAUCGCUGUUAUGCAGGAGCUAUGUAAAACACACGGCGCAUCGCAUGUUGAAAUCACGAAUGAGGAGGAAGCGGUGGGUGUGAUCUGGGGAGCGAGGAAGUGUAUGGGCACGGCUCUUCUUGCUAUGAAGAAGAAGGAUACGGAUCUUUUCUUACACAGCGACUGCGCAGUUCCUAUUUCAAAUCUCUCCCGCCUUGUCGCCGGAACUCAGGAUCUCAUAUCCCAAGCAUCGAUUGCGAAUCAAGCGGAUUGGUUCUGUGCGAAUGUCGGACAUAUCGGGGAUGGUAAUGUGCACUCCAGCAUCGUCUGCCCACAGGAGCAUUACGAUGCAGCCAUGAGUGUAAUCAUGGAUAUCGCGAGGUUGGCGCUGAGCUUAGAGGGUACAGUCACGGGCGAGCAUGGUGUGGGGAUGAAGUUGAGGGAUGCGCUGGAAGAAGAGGUGGGGAGUGAGGGUGUGGAGGUUAUGAGGGGGGUCAAGAGGGCAUUGGAUCCGAGGGGCAUUUUGAAUCCGGAUAAGGUUUUUAGGUUGGAGGGAGAGGAAAGAGAGGGGAUAACUGAGAUGUGGAAGGGGUUGCCGAGGCGAAGCCGUCUCGGAACUAGUUCCGCGGGUAACGAGUAUCAGCAGAGCAGUCGCGAGGGCGGAUAUGGCAAACCUCACGACAGCGACAGCAAGAUCGAGCAGGCCCUCUACGACGUGUAG